AUAGCAUAGUCUUUGUUUAUUAAAAUUAUUAUUAUUAUUUUUGAUUUUGAAAGUUUAGAGGAAAAGAGCUGUAAAUUCGAAAGUUAAAAAUUUUGACUCAAGGCCAUUACUGUAAAGCCCUUCCGCUCAGGUGGAUAUUAAGGCCGAUGACUUUGUUGACUUCAGUCUGAGAGUAGUAUCAGCCAGGGGUCAUUUGUUUAAGAUGAAAUACUAUCUGGAUACCACCGGUAUGGCAUGCCUAUAGCUUUACCCUAAAGGACCAGGAUCAGCUGAUACUGCUUGAAUUUGACGCUGACAGUUUAAAUGCCGUCACCUGUCAGAAAGGAGAUAAUGGAUCAAAGCCUUAAAUAGAAACAGAAUACGCCUAGAGGCCCAACCAUAAGUUGUAUUUCCUUAUCAAAGAGUUACAGUGCAGCAAAGUAUCCUGAGACUCCUACAUGGUCCAGAGCCAGAUAAAGUAGGAUCUCACACAAAUCGGGCUGGCAAUUGCCUUGCAGCAGAGCCAUCAAGUCAACAAGACAAGACAAGACAUAACCUUAAAAACGAGUGAGGUAUGCCAUACUAAAAUAUGUAUCAAACGUUAAAAUCAAAAUUUUAAUGUAAAAAUGGGAAGAGAGUAAUAUAGUCAUCAACACUUAUUUUUUCUUACUAAAGGCAAAGCCAAAACAUAAGCAGGACCUUAACUAGGAUACUAUAUAGAAAGUUACAUUGUGAGUAAAUACAAAAAUACCUUAACCAACAUGGAAUUCAAAAUGAUUUGCAGCAUAUUUGAAGACAUUAGAAAGGCCAAAACUCCAGUAGAUAAGGGAAAGAUUUUAGAAGAAUAUUUUAGAAACAUCCGUGGAACUCAACCAAAGGCGAACAUUUUCGCACUGAUGCGGCUUAUGGUGCCAAAAGUUGACCGUGAAAGAAGCUCCUACAGUCUAAAGGAAUCCAAAAUAGCAAGAGUUUUGGUUAAAUUAGUUGCUUUACCACCAGGCAAUGACAAAAAUAUAUUAACUAAAUCAUAUUUAAUGUCUGGACAGGCCAGUGAUUUUGGGGACGUGGUUUAUUCAGUAAUAAGGAAGUAUUUUAGCAAUGCUAAGACCACAUUAACCGUAAAUCAACUAAAUGACAGUCUUGAUAAACUAGCAAAUAGAAGCAAUGAAGCUGAAGCUGAAGAACUUUUAACCAACUUGUUUAAAAAAUGCGCUCCAGAAGACUCAAAAUGGAUUAUAAGAAUUAUAUUAAAAGACCUAAAGUUGGGUAUUGAUGGUAAUAGAAUUUUAAGAAGUUACCAUAAAGAUGCCGCCGAUUAUCUUGCUUCUAACAACAAUUUAAGGAAAGUGUGUGAAGACCUUUAUGACUUAAAUGCAAACAUGCACGAGUUUGAUAUUAAGGUAUUUGAAGCUUUUCGACCAAUGUUGUCGAAGAGAGUGGACGCUGCUGUUUUUAAAAAACAUUUUGCAGACGGUUCAUUGUAUUAUACUGAAAAUAAAUUUGAUGGUGAACGAUUUCAGUUACAUAUGGACAAUGGAAUGUUUAAGUAUUUUUCAAGAAAUGGAUUUGACUAUACGAACAUUUACGGGUCAACCGUGAAUGAGGGAAUAUUUACACCUAAAUUACAAAAUGUAUUUCAACCAUUUGUAAAAAGAAUCAUUUUAGAUGGUGAAAUGAUGCUCUGGAACACUAUUACUAAUAAAUAUGGAUCUAAGGGAAUGGACUUGGAUGUCAAGAAGCUUAAAGAUAAUGGUAAAUAUCAGCCAUGCUUCUGUGUUUAUGAUAUAAUUUUGCUCAAUGAUAAGAUUUUGACUAACAAGCCUUUGAAAGAUAGAUUAAGUUUACUAGAGCGGGCCUUUAAAGAACAAAUUCCAGGGACAAUAAUUUUAAGCAAAGUAAAAAUUGUUAGUUCCCGUCAAGAAAUUAUUGAUACAUUAAAUGCGGCCGUUGAAGUGGAAGAUGAGGGCAUAAUAGUUAAAGAACCAAAUUCAAUUUAUAAAUACAGCGAUCGCAAUAGUGGCUGGUAUAAAAUGAAGUUGGAGUAUUUCCAAGAUACUAUGAAUGACUUGGAUUUAAUUUUGAUGGGAGGGCAGUACGCGAGUUCCACCUCCAAUCAGUUAAAUUCUUUUAUAGUAGGUGUUAAGUCGGGUACUACGAAUGAAGGCAAACCAAUUUUUUUAUCUUUUGGCAAAGUAAGUAGUGGUUUAAAUGACAUUGAAUUAGAUAUGAUAAAUGAUAAGCUAAAGACUGUUGGCAAAUUUUUUGAUAAUAAUCAUAGCAGUUCUUUACAAUUUGGAAAAGAGAUCCCGGACUAUUAUAUAGAACCAGAAAACUCACUGGUUUUUACUGUUAGAGCGUCAGAGCUUACACGGGCCAAUAAUUUGGCUUACAGAACUUCUUAUUCUCUCAGAUUUCCUAGAGUGGUGAAAGUUCGAAUGGACAAACCAGUCGUAGAUUGUCUGGAUAUAAAUGAACUUUUGGAGCUGACUAAUAAAAAUAAAGCUGUGAUAAAACUUAAUAAAAGAAAUAUAGAAUUGGAAGAAAUCCUUCAAAUUAAAACUAGACAAGUAAAAAAGAAACCCAUAAGCGUAAUUCAUUUCGAGGAUUCCAGAAAGGUUACUGACUUAUUUGAAGGAUACACGUUUUACGUUUUUAAUGGUUCAGCAUUAUCAUCGAGAGAUAAAACGGAGGCUGUUAUAGGCAAAGCAGGAGGAAAUGUUCGCUAUAAGCUUGAUAAUAAUAUAGAUAUCGUCUUGGUAGGCACUUAUGAUUCAAAGGCUAAAAAACUUGCCAGUAAAAAAAGUCAUUUUGAUGUAAUAGACGUUUCUUGGUUAUAUAGAGUGAUUCAAGAGGGAAAUCUAUUACCUUAUAAAACUAAAGAAAUAUAUUGCCUAGGCACAAAUAUCAAAAACUGUUUAAGUGAUGAAGUGGAUAGGUAUGGGGAUAGUUUUACCGAGAAUGCAACUAUAGAAACUUUAAAGCACAGUUUUGAAAUAAUGGAAAACCUGAAUGAAACUCCUUGUUUUACAGGAAUGCUUAAAAUAAUAGGAAGAGAUUUUGGAUAUUACGUGGCCUAUUUCGAUAGAUUUUUCGAGAUAAAUAAUAAGGAAUCUAAAGUGAUUUACGAUUCUUUAGAAGACGAACUUGAAUUUCGCUACUAUUCUGGGAAAGUUUGUGAUGAAAUUUGUAGGGAAACUAAUGUUAUUAUUAUCAAUGAUAGUGAGAGAAAGGACUUUAUUGAAACAUUUCUAAUUAGCAUUGAUAGAAGUGAUAUAGACAUUCAAAAUAGAAGUUUUAUUUACGAAUAUGAGUGAUUAUUAAUUACCAAAAUAAUUGGAAUUAAUCUUAACGUAAGCAGUAAAGUAUUAAUUUGUUACAUUUUACAUGUGAAAGCUAUACCUUUUAUAAUCUGUGAUAAUAUUGUCUUUUUAUUAAGCCUCAAAGCUGGCCAUGGUAUUUAUAUUUUAUAACUAAUAAAAUUUAUUGCAAGUAGUCAA